UACUUGUAGUGUAUGCCAUGUGGAUGUAUUCGGUUCCAGUGACACUCAAGUUGUUUUGUGCAGAGCUCCAGUAUGAUUUUCUGUAAAGCCAACCUCAAACGGAUUUGACAGAAGCAACCAGUUGAUAGUGCUAAUAAUUUAUAAAUGUCUCCGAAAGGCAAAACCUUAGGUUGCCAGCUACCACAAGCUGUUAUUGAGCAAGCUGGCUAGCUGAUGCUAGGCGAUAUCCCUGACAGUUACAUUAUAAUGAAGAGGUUUUGCGUUUUUCCUCGAUAUAUUCCUUUUAAGUGCCUAGUUUGCGAGCUAGAUAGGUAUUGUUUUCAGCGUAUGUUCGCUCACUUACUUUAGGGCUAAUGCAAUCAGUUAGUUAGCUCGCUAGAUGUUUGUAAAUCGUGAAAUAUCCCAUUUGUUCUAUUACCACGUUUGCGUCCUCUUGAAGUAGUUUCCCCAAAGGAAACUAAAGAAAGUUAUUCUUUAGACAUCAUGUAUACGGAACUCAACAGCAUCCUAAAUAAUAGUCCAGAUAAUUGCAAGCAGGGGGAGUUUGUCCUCAUAUCGGACAGAAAGGCCGACGCUUCAUUCCUGGUGCAUCAUUUCCUUUCUUUUUAUUUGCGAGCGGGCUGUAAAGUUUGCUUCUUGGGCCUUGUACAGUCUUUUAGUCACUACAGUGCGGUCAGUCAAAGACUGGGUGUGAGUUUGCUUCAAGCAAAGGAGAAGGGCCAGCUUGUGUUCCUGGAAGGACUGAAGGAUUGCCUGGGAGUCGUGUUACCUGACGGAGCAAAACCUGAAAGUCCCACAUUAGACUUUUUCAGGCCCCAGUGCUCGGAUCUGAGAGGUCUGUUUGAGUUUGUGCUGAGUUCUCUGAGUCCAGUGGGUGGCGCUGUUGGCGAAGGGGAAAUUGGGUCAGGACCUCAGAGUCCCCCAGUGCUGAUUGUGGACGACCUGAGUGUCCUCCUCAGUCUCGGCGUUCGCGCCGGAGCUGUGCUGGACUUUGCCCACUACUGCAAGGCUAACAUCUGCUGCGAGUUAAAGGGCAAUGCAGUGAUGCUCAUGAGGUGUGAGGAGGAGGAGGGUGAGGAAGAGGAGGGUGAGGAGGAAAGCGCUGAAAUGCUCCUGAAGGGUCUAAUGCACCAGUGUACCCUGGCGCUGCAGGUCCAGGGCCUCCCCACUGGCUACUGCAGGGACAUUCACGGACAGGUGGACAUUUGGUGGCGAGGUCAAAGCCAGCAGCUGCAGCAGAAUCAGAGGAAAGUCUUUCAGUACAAAGUGCAGGACAAGGGCGCGUCCUUCUUUGCUCGUGGGACCUCUAGCGCUGUCCUCUGAUACUCAGGUGGUGAAUGUCAAUACACAACUUAAUGACUGCCUCACCCCUCUAUUGAUAAUGGACUCAGUUCUGUCAUAUUGUCAUGGCGGUUGUAGGUCACACUUAUAAUAUUGUGUACAUAAUGCUUUUCACUCUUGUUGAGUUGGUAUGUUCAAUCAAGAUUAUUUAAAUAAAAUCACUGAUUCACACAGUUGAACUUGACAGUAUUGCCAGCAGCAUCACUAUGUUGAUUGACAGUAGGAUUGUAAAACCGGUUACAAUUAUCCAAAAUAUUUUGGUUUGAUGUUUGGUCAACAGGAAUAUGUUCAGUAAAUGAAUUUUUUGGUUUCAUUUAUAACAAUAUGAAUUGCAUUUAUAGCAAUGUGAAUUGUAUGUGAAAUUACGGUUGUGAAACAGUUUCAUUAAAGGUUUAGUCGGUGAUUCUGAUCCAGUACACUUGGUUGGUCAAAUUCAGUCCUCUCUCUGCUGUCUAUUUAGAGUGUGCGCUCAGAAAAACUCCAGUGUUCUUACACAGUCCUGGUUCUGUUAAAGGGAAACAAAGAUAGUGGCUCGGGCCGAGCCAGAAACCGUUCAAGCCAAUCAACGCAUUGCUUCAGGAGAAUGGAAGAGGGGUAUAAUUUCAUUGUCUG